UUUCGGGAGACUGUUGUUGCUGCAAAGGACUACUGAUAGUUCGAACGUGGACGUCGUGCGAAAUACGUCGUUCAAAGCAUUUUCUUUAUAAGUGAUGUUCAUAGUGCCGAAGAAAAGAAAUCAGUAUUUUUUUUUAUCCAUUGUAAAAUUAUUCUCGAAUAUCGAUUUAAAUAAAAGUAACAAUAAAUAAUAUAUUGUAUAAGAGAAUUCCGAAAUGAAUUUAUCGUUUGCUGGUUGUGGUUUCCUUGGUAUUUACUACGUUGGUGUGGCAGUGUGUUUCAAGAAAUAUGCUCCACACUUGCUUUUGGAUAAGAUUAGUGGUGCAUCGGCUGGUGCUAUCGCUGCUUGUUGUCUCCUUUGUGACUUACCCCUCGGUGAGAUAACAAGUAAUGUAUUACGUGUUGCCCGUGAAGCACGACAACGCACACUCGGUCCAUUUAGUCCAUUGUUUAAUGUGCAAGAAAUACUACUAGAAAGUUUACAGAAGUUUCUUCCUAACGAUGCUCAUAUUCGCGUGAGCGGAAAACUGCAUAUUUCCUUAACGAGGGUGUAUGAUGGCAAAAACGUAAUUAUUUCACAAUUUUCAUCCAGGGAAGACUUAUUGCAGGCAUUAUUGGCCAGUGCAUUUGUUCCAAUUUUUUCUGGUCUUUUACCACCAAGAUUUCAUGGUGUUAGGUAUAUGGAUGGUGGCUUUAGUGAUAAUCUUCCGACACUUGAUGAAAAUACUAUUACUGUUAGUCCCUUUUGUGGAGAAAGUGAUAUUUGCCCUAGAGAUGUUUCUUCUCAGCUUUUUCAUGUCAACUUUGCAAAUACAAGUAUAGAACUUUCAAGACAAAAUAUAUAUAGGUUUGCAAGGAUACUUUUUCCACCAAAUCCAGAGAUACUUUCAAAUAUGUGCAAACAAGGAUUUGAUGAUGCAUUAAGAUUUCUUCAUCGUAAUAACUUACUUAAUUGUACUCGAUGUUUGGCAGUACAAUCCACAUUUGUUGUCUCAGAAACUCUUGAUGACAAUAUGGAUUAUGAUCCUGAAUGUUUAGAAUGUAAAAUUCAUAGACAGGAAGCAUUAGUAUCUAAUUUACCUGAAACAGUUAUGACCAUAUUUCAAGAUGCAAUUGAUUCUGCUAAUAAAGGAUUAAUCAACUGGUUAUUUAAACAUCGAAGUGUAAAACUUUUGUCAUUGCUAAGUUUACCAUGUACAUUGCCAGCAGAUGUAGUAUAUGCAACUUUUACAAAUCUGAUUGGUAACAAGAUAGAAAGUCACACCUUGGAAUACAAUGUAAUUGGCAAUAUUCUCCAUACACCUUCACAGAUGAUUCCUUGUACUAAACAUAUGACACAUUCUCGAUUUAUUUUAAAUGUACCUAAGUUACGAAGAAAUCUAUUAGAAUUAAGAACAUUUUUCUUGGACCAAUUAAGUAUGCUAUUUCCUAAAAUUAAUGUGUAUUAUCAACAAGUACCACCGACUAUUAAAUGCCAAUUAGCAAUUACAGAAUAUGGUUCAAAUAUAUAUAAUAUGGAAGGAGAAGAAAAGACUGAUAAUUUAUAUAAAAAUAAGAAAAAUCUAAAUUUAACAUUACAAUACAAUGAAUUACAACCAUGGGAGGAACAUAAUAAUACACCAAAUUGUGUUAUAAAUAUGUCGAAUUUAUCAACGGUUGAUAAUACUUUUGAAAAUAUCCUUCAGGUAACUUCUGAUCAAGAAGCUGUAAUGGCAUACUAUUAUAUGGAUGAUAAUAACAAAGUGCAAGUGACAGAAAUAUUCGAUGUUACAGACUCUGAAUCACAUGCAAUGUUAUCUAUUGAAGAAAUCGAAAAUAAUAAAAAGUUACAAUUUGAUGAAUGGGAUGAACCAACAUGGUUAUCACAGCAUACACUUAAUGAUGUUGUAACAGAAUCUCUGUAUACUGAUGCAAGUCAGCAAAGCAUGGAAAAUUUAUCAGAAAUGUCUUUAGAAGAUGAUAUUUUGGGAAUUUUAAAUACAUCUUUUAAUCCAGAGAGCGAAUGGGAAAUAAGCAAAGAUGUACAAACAAUGAAAGUUUCUAACUCACCAAAUUUUAGAUCAGAAAUAGAUUAA